GCGGAUUUCAGUCCAUCCCGUCCAGCACGCCAAUUUCCUCCCACCCCCCGGCCUUUUCCCUUCUCACCUCUAGCUGUUCCUCUGUCUUUUUUCUUGCAGCUAGAAGUCGAGGCCGUGCACCAUGACGCUCUUUAUCCUUACGGAAACCAGUGCGGGCUAUGCCCUGCUCAAGGCCAAGGACAAGAAGCUGUUGAAGAGAGAUGAUCUGGCUACUGAGGCUUCCACCGCAGAGGGUGUUUCUAACCUUCUGAAGUUGAAGAGCUUCCAGAAGUUCGACAGCGCUGCUACCGCCCUGGAGGAGGUCGCUUCCCUCGUCGAAGGAAAGGUCACUCCUCGCCUGGCCAGCCUUUUGGACGAAGUCAAGGAUGAGAAGAAGGUUUCUCUGGCUGUCGCCGACCCCAAGCUCGGCAAUGCCAUUGGCAAGCUCCCCGGUCUCUCCAUCGAGCUGGUGGCCGACUCUUCCACCACCGAUGUUUUCCGUGCCAUUCGUGAACACCUGCCCACCCUCAUUCCCGGCCUUCUUCCUCAGGACAUGUCCACCAUGUCCCUUGGUCUGUCGCACUCUCUCGCUAGACACAAGCUGAAGUUCUCCCCCGACAAGAUCGACACCAUGAUUGUGCAGGCCAUUGGUCUGCUUGACGACUUGGACAAGGAGCUCAACAACUACGCCAUGCGUGUGAAGGAAUGGUACGGAUGGCACUUCCCUGAGCUGGCGAAGAUCCUGAACGACAACAUCGCCUACGCCAGACUCGUCCUCAAGAUGGGCAUGCGCACCAACUGGGAGUCUUCCGAUCUCGCUGAGAUCCUCCCCGAGGAGAUUGAGGGUGCCGUCAAGGCUGCUGCGGACCGCUCCAUGGGUACCGAGAUCAGCCAGGAGGAUCUGGAACACAUUCAAGCUCUGGCCGAGCAGGUCGUUGGCUUCGCUGAGUACCGUCAACAACUGGCUGGCUACCUUACCGCCCGUAUGAACGCCAUCGCCCCCAACCUGACUGCCCUCGUCGGUGAUCUGGUCGGUGCCCGUCUUAUCGCCCACGCUGGUAGCUUGACCAACCUGUCCAAGAGCCCCGCCAGUACUAUCCAGAUUCUGGGUGCCGAGAAGGCCCUGUUCCGUGCUCUCAAGACCAAGCACGACACUCCCAAGUACGGUCUGAUCUACCACGCCUCCCUGAUCGGCCAGGCCACCGGCAAGAACAAGGGUAAGAUGGCCAGAGUUCUGGCUGCCAAGGCUUCCCUUGGUCUGCGUGUGGAUGCUCUCGCUGAGUGGGACGACGAUGCCACCGAGGAGGACAAGGCUGCUCUCGGUACGGAAGCCCGCUACAACCUCGAGCGCAAGCUUGCCGCCAUGGAGGGCAAGCCCCUCAAGCCUCGUGGUACUGCCAUUGCCCCCAACGGCGCUCCUCAGGCCCAGAAGUUCGAGAUCAACGAAGCCCGCAAAUACAACGCCGAUGCUGAUGCUGUUACGGGCGACGAGCCCGCUUCCGCUAAGAAGAGCAAGAGCAAGAAGCUCGUAGAGGAGGUUCAGGACGAGGAGAUGGCCGAUGCUGACUCCGACGAGGAGUCUGACUCGUCCGACGAGGAGACCGACAAGAAGUCCAAGAAGAGCAAGGACUCUGAGCUCGAGAAGCUGGCUGAGAAGGCCGGUCUGAGCCUCAAGCGGUACAAGCGCAAGCUUGAGCGUGGAGAAAUCCAGUUCGACGCUGAGGGCAACCCCAGCGCGGUCAGCAAGAAGGACAUCAAGAAGGCCAAGAAGGAGUCCAAGAAGUCGGCCAAGGGUGAGGAGAAGAAGCGCAAGCGGUCAGACGACGGCGAAGUCGACAACUCCGAGAAGAAAAAGAAGAAGAAGAAGAAGGGUGAGGAGUAAAUUCGAAUGAAGUCCUCAAACAAAAAAGUUUCACAAUCAACACACCUGAUGGGAAUGCUUCAAAUUUCUGUAUGAUAUCACACCAUGUGGGCCGAAUUUCUUCUCUUUUUCCUUUUUCUCUCUCUCUGUUGCUAUUUUGCUUGAAGAUUAUAUGUUUGGGUGGCAUUUGAUGGAUGGAUCUUACUAUCAUCCCCUGGCGCAGAGGUGCUUGUUGGUAUAAGGCAGUUCAAGUUCCAGAAAUAAUGUUCUUUCUGAGUUGGAUUUUCCCAUGGUAGUAGUAAUGUUUGUAGUUGCAAUGGUUGAUAUUAUCUAGACCAGUCUUCUGCCGCUGGGCUUGUACGUACCUUUUACUGAUAAAUGACCAUGAUUACUG